AUGUCUUGUCUGCAAGCAAAAGACCUCCCAACAACUCCACGAGCAAACAACAUGCUCUAUGAACAAGGACAAACCCCCAACCACACACCCUACGACGAGGAAUCAAUGCUUGAAUUAAUGAGGGAGAGAUUAAGUGAGGUUGGUCUCUCCUGCUCUGGUCUCGGAAUUGUUUUUUACAAACUUAAUCUAGGGAGAUUAAAUCUUCAAUCGACCACAACUCUUUCACGCAUCAAAAUUGCUCAAAACUUUCCUCAUUUACGAGUGAUUGAUGUGAGUCAUAAUGAACUCACGGAUUUGAGGUUUCUUUCGGACAUGCAUUCACUCGUCCAAUUAAAUGCUAGUAACAAUAAGAUUCAAUCACUACUUGAUUUCAAUAUGAUGGAUGAAAAUCCAUCAAAAAUUUCGUUAAUUGAAGCAAAUUUCAGUAACAAUCUCUUGACUUGCUUUGAUCAUUUAAUACCAUUUUCAAAGAGUUUAAAGAGGCUAAAUAUCUCAAACAAUAAUAUUGAUCAUGACCUAGUAGAAUUAAAUGUUCUAUCCAAUUUGGUCGAGUUAGACAUUUCAAAUAAUCGUAUCUCAUCAUUGAAAUUAACAGAAUUGAAAUAUUUAAAAAUAUUGAAUGCAGAAAGUAAUCAACUCGAAUGCAUUUCCGGAGUUUGUUCAUGGUCACUGCAGCAACUCAACUUGAAGAAUAACAAUAUUCAAAAUUUAUCUCAAUUUCAAUCUCUAAAAUUACUAUUUAAAUUGAAUCUAGAAAAUAAUAAGAUUGAGAGGUUUGAAGAGAUUAAUCACUUGGCUGACCUAACGUUCAUGUAUGACUUGUCACUGUUAGGAAAUCCAUUCAUCAUCAAACCAACAAAUGACUCACUAGAGGUUUCAAUUAUUUACAAAAAUUCAAUUCUCUUUCGAUUGCCUCAAAUUGUAAUUUUAGAUCAAUUCGAAGUGAGCAGUGAAGAGAAAGUGAGAGCCAUGUUAUUCCAUCAACAACAACAACAACAAUUAGAGAAUAAGUGA